UUCAAUUGCACAACUUCUAAGGCAACCCGAGCUCCUCCUUAACCCUGGGCUGUGGAAAAGCGUGGACAUAGAACCAAUUGACCAAGUCGAUGACACCCUCAUUUAUACCUAUCCGUAUGAAUCCGAUUAUCCGGACCAGGCCUGGAAGGAAGGACAUGCAACUCAUGUGUCAUUGGCUUCGGCUUUAUGACUAAAAUCUCACACUGUCUCAAGUCGCCAGUGAUGUAUUUUGGACACAAGUCUAACAACUUUCAGAACGAUAUUGUUCGUAGCGCCAUUGACCUUUCCAUGGAAACACAGUCCAGAGGGAUAUCUAUGUAUCCCCGACAUCCGCCCUCCUUCCCUGCCAUGUCGAUUCUACGUGCAUUCCCCCAGAUGAAGCCCUCUUCGUCCACUACACGCCUCUUCCAGAUACACCGAGUCCUCCUAUUUUUCAGCAUUCAGAGAUGCAAAUGAUCUUUGUGCCUGGUUUGCCUGACUCUGUGAGUGUCGUGGAGUUGAUAAGCCGCAUUUUGUCUAUAAGCGAAUAGUUCUUGAA